AUGGCAGAAUCUUUACAACAACAGGUCUUCGAUCUGAUGGCUGCUUUUGAGCAGACCAGUACAACGCUGAGAAAUCACGAAGGAUUCGCGUGGGGAAUAUUUGACCGUUUGUCGGCCCUGGGAAAUGUUCAAGACGCUGCCGAAAGAUUUAGACUCUGGAAAGGAAACUUUGAAGCCGCUCACGGUGGCUUUGACACUGGAUCGCUGGCACAGCAUUUGGGCAAUACUGUCGCCAUUUACCACCGCAUAGAAGAGAUUUUGCACGAGUUGAAAGCUCUGUUGGAGUCAAGUAAGCUCUGCGCAACGUCCUGUUUCUUCAGACAAUUCUGACAGGUGAACCAAAGUCCGCUCACCACAGCAAAUAUCUUUCGCAGAUUCGCGCGGCUCAAGCAUAGGUUGUCCUGAUGACAACGACGACGAUAAUGACCAGCUUCUUCUGGAGUUAAAGUCCCUGGCGCCCACUCGGGAAGCGCAUGCGGAUUGGACCCUACUGUCUAUGCGCGAUAUCGUCACACGCUUGUGGAAAGUCACGCGCAUGAUGAAGAAAACGGUCACGCCAGACAUAUAUGAUCGUGCUCAAGCUGUUCAAGAUGGCAAGAUUGACAAUCAGUACGAUAUUCAGCACGUUCGGGAGAGGUUCAAAGACGGUCAAGCGGAAGACUGGCUGAUCGUUCGCCUUGGAAGUGCGAUUACGAACCGGCGACAAUUCCUCAAGUACUGUGAGGGGCGUCGAGAAUGGCAGCCUCUUUCGACCGCACCAAAAGAGACUGUUGCUUGUUAUCCACGAGCAACGAUUUCGCAUGGUUCCGUGGACAAAGUCGCAACAACGAUAUCUUGGUCGCCAAACAGGGUCGGCUCAACGUCUAGUGCCGAUCUCACUGGUCUUUCACGGGUACAAGAUGGCUCUGAUGACACUUUGAGUCAGUCAACACUCGCGCCAUCGCUGCCCGAAAGUGAAGACUCGACGGCAUUGCGUGAGCCAACGUUGAGCGAUGUCAACGCGUACUUGCAGGACAGGUUCAGUUGCCCGUACUGCCACAAAUGGAAGACUUGCAAAAGUGACCUCGAAUGGAAGUGA